AUGGAUGAGUCGCUGGGUGUUUCUGGCCUUGAAGAGAGCAUCCGCGCAGUGCAUUCGUGUCAGUGCCUUCGCGUGAAUGUGGAUUCAGAAACAGCCACCAAGGUGUUCGUCUGCAGCUACUGCCGUAAGAUAUUCCCUAGCAACUGGAAACUCAAUCGGCACGUGCGCGUACACACCGGCGAACUGCCUUUCCAGUGUGCCGUCUGCCUCAAACGGUUUGCUAGGAAAGAGACUCUAAACAAACACAUGGUUCCUGUAGACACACGCUGGGCUUCCGGUUUCGCCACCAAAGUAUUUGUAUGCGACUACUGCGGCAAGAUGUUACCUAACAAAUGGAAGUUGGCAGACCACGUCCGAACUCACACCGGGGAAAAACCUUUCGAGUGCGCCGUAUGUCACAAGCAAAGGGUACCGAUGGCGUCGUCAAAAUGUGGUGCCAUCAUCAACGUGUUCAGGUGUCCCGUGUGCGACCGCGUGACUUCCAUUCCUCCGGACAAGCGUAAGGACUGCAAUUUUUGCGGCAAGGCGUUCCCCAGCAAGUCGAAGUUGGAGCGCCACCUGGUCAUACACACGGGAGAAAAACCCUUUGAGUGCGCCCUCUGUAAAGCUGGUUCAGACAAGCAGUGCCCGUUCUGCCUCAAGGUGUUCCAAUCACCCUCGCACUGCCGCCGUCACGUGGUCGUACAUACGGGGGACCGCCCCUUUAAAUGUCACGUGUGCAACAGGAGCUUCAACGUGAAGACCAAUCUGGCCGCUCACAUGGUUGUCCAAUCGCCCUCGCACUGCCGCCGUCACGUGGUCGUACAUACGGGGGACCGCCCCUUUAAGUGUCACGUGUGCAACAGGAGCUUCAACGUGAAGACCAAUCUGGCCGCUCUCAUGACCAAGACGGUCUAUCUUAAAUCACCGCAAACGAACAGGGUUAAGUUGUGUUUUUUUGUACAAAACAAUUUUAUUGCCACGUACAUUUCAGAUGCCGAGGAUAAGAACACGUGCGCAGUUUGUGGUCGCGUGUUUCGCCAGAGGUCCAACCUGAAUCAGCACAUGCGCAUUCAUACCGGAUGUAAGCCUUACACGUGCGAGGUCUGCGGCAAGGCGUUCAACAGGCGUUCGAACCUCAAAAUCCAUGCUGUAACUCACUGUGAAAGCAUUGACCACCUUAUUGUCUCACACUGCCACAUUUUUAUUACAGGUGCCGAGGAUGCGAACACGUGCGCGAUUUGUGGUCACGUGUUCCGCUUGAAGUCCAACCUGAAGCAGCACAUGCGCAUUCACACCGGAUGUAAGCCUUACACGUGCGAGGUGUGCGGGAAGGCUUUCAAUCGAAGAAAUCACCUGAAGACGCAUGCCCUCGUGCACAUCGGCGACAUACACAACUUCAUAGGCCAACAAUGCGUGUUCGUUCUGCAGCAAGCAGUUUCCAUCAAUGGAAGCACUAAGAAUGCGUGUUCAUUCUGCGGCAAGCAGUUUCCAUCGAAGGGUUCACUAGAGAUGCACGUGAGGGUCCACACAGGAGAGAAACCCUUUCAAUGCAAGAAAUGCAGCAAACGCUUCACACAAAAAGCCUCCAUGAAGAUACAUAUGUUUAGUGUGCAUAAAUUACUCGACUUUGUGAAGGUGCACAUGAGGAUCCACACAGGCGAGAAACCGUUUGAGUGUCCGGAGUGCGGGAAACGGUUCAACCAGAAGAGCAGCAUGAGGUCUCACAUGUUUGUGGUGCAUAAAAAGUUUGAAAUUACAAACAAGGUGUUCCGAACGGCUACCAAGCUGUCAGUUCACACGAGGAUCCACACGGGGGAGAAACCCUUCGGGUGUCCGGAGUGCGGGAAACGGUUCAACCAGAAGAGCAGCAUGAGAUCCCACAUUGAUUUAGUCCUCAGCACCUGCCAGUUCUGUAGCAAGGUGUUCCAGUCCAAAUGGCAUCUGAACCGUCAUGUGAGGAUACACACGGGGGAAAAACCGUUUGAGUGUCCCGUUUGCCAUAAAAGAUUUUCGCAAUUGUCGUCAUCGAACUCACACAUGCGUAAUAUGCAUUCCAAGGCCCAUGUUUAAUGUAGUUGUUUCACAUAUGGGACUGUCUCUGGGGAAACGAAUCUUUAUGCACGUGCAUAAGUUGUUCGUACAUUUUGUUUUGCGAAAGCUUACAUGCUGACCUUCCUUGGGAAUUCACCAUUAUCCAAUUAAUAACUUAAACGUUGAAAACCUGGUGUUGGCGCAUAGUUAUGAUUCUUGCUAAUUUCUUGAAAGACAUGGCUUAAGAUUUUUUUUAUGGUGAUACUUUUGAACCUGUAAAACCUUAUUUUACAGAUGUACAUUUUCUGUGAGCUAUGGUGUAGUGUGACUUUAUUAUACGUGUUUGAAAUAAUAGUAAAAAAAUAAAUAAAUAAAAUGUU